GAUCAUUUCCCACCAAACGCUGAGCUAUGGUUCUGUAACAGAGAACGUAUUUUAUCGAUUGAAUGUCUUUUUCCGCUUUUGGCAUUCAGACCGUAUGUAAUGUGUCUUCGCAGCGGAGCCUGAUUAUUGAUGACAAGAGUGGAGAGGUUGGGUCAUUUCCUGAUGCCUAACCGGGCACGGUUAUGGCAAGAUUUUUUAUUUUUUUUUCUAAAUGUAGGUAUUUGUAGGGAUAUAGUAAAUUUUGAAAUCGAAUGAAGAGCACUGGCGAUCGGUUUUCAACAAAGAAGUAACCAGAGAAAGUUCAAGAAAAGUACACAAAAGGACUGCCUAAGCAACAGCUGUUUUGAUUUGGUGCCUUCAUAAAAGUUCAAGACUCGCAGAGAUGGAGGACAAAGAAAGAGGGUGUUGCCUCAACGACUCCAGGGCCAAAACAUUGGCCACGUGGAGUUUUAUCAGUGUCUGAAAGAGGCCGAAUUCUUUUAAUGAUCAUUUCAUUCGUAGCUUGAUAGAGCAGAGUGAUGGCAGAAAAUGUCCCUGGAGACAGAUAAAAAAUGCUUUCAUGUUCCCAACGAACAAAGGACAUCCUGUGUGUUUCAGGCUAUUGAGGAGAAAGAGGAAAUUCCUGGGAUGGGAGAAGACAGCGUUCUGGAAAUGCUGAGCUACUCCAAAUUCACAGACCUGGAGACGUGGUUGUGUAUGCCUUCUACUCUGUUACCAAGGAGCUUGGAAGCAACAUGUGUGACUUCUCCACCUUUGAUGCACACUGGGACAGCAGAUGUGGAGAGGAAGCCCAGAUGUCUGGAUGGAGAAGACGUAUUCCUGUCGACAUCCACAAAGCCUCUGUCCCCUGUCUUGGUAGCGUCCUCUACCCCUCGCUCAGCACACACUGCACGGGGUGCCGACCAGGGAGCAGUGAGCGUGCGGAAGCGACGCCGCGUGGCUGCCAGUCCGGGUGGACUUCACUGGAACUCCUCAGGAUCACUACAGCGGGACUAUGACACAGCUGAAACCCUGCCCGUACCUGGGCCGAAGCGAAGCCCGAACAGCGACACGGGCAACCGCACCAUCCCCCUGGGAGAGUCUCAGAAAGCAGCCCUGAAGAAGAGCAUCUCCGUGGAUGACCGCCUGUUACAGCAGCAGCAAAGGGAGAGACACAACCUGCUCACUCGCUUGGAAAGAGGCAAGAUCAAGCUGAGGAACUUACAUAGUCUUGGAUCAACUGGCCGAUACGAAACACGAAAAAAGUCAGAGAGCAGAAUCAGUCGUCUGACUCAGAAACUCAGUCAGAAGCAGAACGAUGUGCUGAUCAAGGACUUCAGACCGUUCUUUCUUGUUGGGUCCCCCGGAACCUCCCAGAGUCUGGACAGGAACUUGUCUGCCAGCAUGACACAACAGAUGCAGAACCUACACCUGUCCCACAACAAGAAGAGCAGUGCCCCGGCCUCCCCCAGUGCAGCUAAGCGCCUCUACCGCAACCUGUCUGAGAAGCUGAAGGGAAGCCACUCCUCCUUCGAUGAGGCCUACUCCUUUGGCCGGCCCGACCGCCUGCGAAAGCCCUCUGCUAUGCAGAGCAGUGAAGCACUGUUUGAGGCUGUGGAGCAGCAGGAUCUAGAUGCAGUGCAGCUCCUGCUGUAUCAGUAUACCUCCGAUGAGCUGGACCUCAACACCCCCAACAGUGAGGGCCUCACUCCUCUGGAUAUUGCGAUAAUGACAAACAAUGUACCGGUGGCCAGGCUGCUGCUGAAGGCCGGCGGCAAGGAGAGUCCACACUUUGUCAGUCUGGAAAGUCGGAUCUUGCACCUCUCCACGCUGGUCCAGGAGGCUCAGAGACGCGUCAGUGAACUGUCGGCCCAAUCCCUGAGCGACGGGCUGGACGGCUCUGACAGGGAAAAGCAGCUAAAAGUCUGGGAGUGGCGAUACAAGCUGUACAAACGCAUGAAGACUGGCAUCGAGCAGUCAAAGACCCCAGAGGCACCGGCCAACGUGCGUCUGAGUGUGACGAGCAGCACAUCAGUCACUGUCACCUAUCAGGAGCCGCUCAGCAUCAAUUCAGCAGUGGUCACCAAGUACAGGGUAGAGUGGAGCUGCCUGAAGGACUUCUCUUUGCUGGCAGGGGAAAUGAUCCUGGAUAAUCUGCAGUCUCCGAGGUGCACAAUCUCAGGGCUCACUACGGGAAGGACUUAUUAUGUUCAAGUCUCUGCUUAUAACAUGAAGGGCUGGAGUCCAGCACAACCAUCUCUGCCUCCUUCAGCUGCCCCGUCCAACUGGAGAGAUUGUGAGGGGCGCGAGCCAAAGUACCGGGGCCACAUCGAAGCCAUGGAGCGGUUGCUGCAGCAGGUUCGAGCUACGCACCAGCAUUACAGCGCCGGAGAUACAUCUAAGCUUCAGAACCCCAGCCGGAAGCAGUCCGUUUCCCGAAGCCUUAAACACCUUUUCCAUUCUUCAAACAAAUUUGUAAAGACAUUGAAAAGGGGUCUCUAUGUGGCAGCAGUGUUCUAUCACAAGGACAGUCUUCUGGUGACCAACGAGGACCAGAUCCCCAUCGUGGAGAUCGAUGACUCCUACAGCAGCUCCUUUAUGCAGGACUUUUUGUGGUUCGCUAAGCUCUCCUGCAUGUGGGAGGACGUGCGGUGGCUGAGACAGAGCAUGUCCGUCUCCAUGUCCUCCUCGUCCACGCUGCAGGCCCGCCAGAAGAUGCUGGCCGCUGCAGGCCAGCUCCAGAAUCUCCUCGGCACGCACAACCUGGGCCGCGUCUACUAUGAGCCCAUCAAAGAUAGGCAUGGGAACGUCCUCCUGGUGACCAUCAGAGAGGUGGAGAGCCUCUACUUCUUCAAUGGAAAAUGGAUGCAGGUGUCCAAGCUGCAGAGUCAGAGGAAGUCGCUCUCCACGCCGGAGGAGCCCACGGCACUUGACAUCCUGCUCAUCACCAUUCAGGAUAUUUUGGCCUACCAGAGACGCAGUCAGCACCGGCUCUCGUCUGGUCUCUACUUGGGUUUCCUGAAGUUGAGCAGUUCUGUGGACCAGAUCAAGGUGCUGGUUCCUCAAAGGGUGCCCAACAUGCUGUGCCACUACAAGAUCAGGGACAAUUGGAAUGUCUCACGGGAUGAGUGGGACUGGCUGCAGAGGUUGUCUGGCCCAGCGCAUGUGGAAAGUGUGGAUCAGACCAGCGACUGCCACAACCCGCUCUUCCUCUACGAGCUCCAGAUGGCCGUGAAAGGCUUGCUCAAACAGAUCAAUCUACCUCUGCACCAGGCCAAGCACUUCCGUCUCUACACACAGGAGGUGCUGGAGCUGGGUCACAAUGUGUCCUUUCUUCUUCUGCUGCCCGCCUCAGACGACGUCUGCACUGCCCCGGGACAGACUAACCCUUACACCCUGCACUCGGGGUUCCUCAACCUCCCUCUUCAAAUGUUUGAGCUAGUUCACUUUUGCACUUACAAGGAGAAGUUCAUCAGUCUGUACUGUCGCCUGUCCUCCGUGCUGGACCUCGACGCACUCAUUACUCAGCAGGCCGUACGAGAAGCCAUCUCAGACACAGAAAUUGCAACAGCCAAGCAGAGGCAGCAGCAUAUUCUGGAUUUCAUACAGCAGAUGGACGAGAUGUGGAGGGACAUGCGCUGGAUCACGGAGGCUUUGCAGUACGCCCGCUAUAAGCAACCCCUUGGUGGAGUUCCCAUCACCUGGCUGGUGGACCCUGCCAUCGAGCCCACCAUGCAGAAGAAUGACUCCACCUCCUCAAACAUGGACUACCUCCCCACCCCCUCCCCCUCGCCAGAGAUGCGCAGACGAAAGGGUGUGAAUGACUCCCAACCUGGUUCAGAUGAAGAGGGAUGUUCUGAGGUGUUCCUCCCCACAGACAGCGACUACGACUCCAGCGAUGCUCUAAGUCCGCGGGAUCUGGACCUGGUGUACUCCUCCUCGCAAGAUAUAUCCCAGCAGGCUGUGUACGCCCUGAGCGGCAGCGCCCCUGACGUCCUGCAGGUACAUGAUGUCAAAUACAGCAUUUACCGGAAGGACUCAGAGGCCGAUUCCUGCACCAGGAAUAUGGAGAGUUUGAUGCUGACCGGCUACUCCGCCAAGCCCGCUAACCAGGUGUCCUGCAGCAAGGUUCCACCCAAUCCUCCAGCCAGGAGGAAGAUGCUUGCCAAGGCCCAGACCCAGCAGAGCAACACUGGAGUGACACAGCGCUGGCUGCGGGUCCAGAGCGAGAGCCUGGGCACCUCGCUGUCAGAAGGCAUUUACACGCAGCAGCACGACGCCGACCUGCCCCUGGAAUCCACAUCCACCUCCUCCGUUGGCUUUUUCACAGACCUGCUGCAGGGCCCCGUCUCAUCUCACGCUACCUACAGCUUAGAAGGCCUGAAGGGCAUGAGAAGGGAGUCCAGGCAGAACGUACGCCGGAUCUACGUGGAGCCCUGCAAGCAGACCUCGCCCGGUGCGGAUCCUCGCGGCUGGGUCCUGGAUGUUGAGGGGUGUAUUGCCACCCCCACAGAAUUUGAAAGUAGUGUGGCUCAAGACACUGACUCAGAUGACCAAACCAACGCCCAAGUGUCUGAGAUACUUAGCAGCACACUUUAGAAACAGGCAGCAGGACAGACAACGCGGCAUUCUCAUAAUCACUCAUUUUUCACCACUGCCUCUUCACGAUAGCACGCGAAUGAGGCACAUAGCCGAAUGAAGUUCACUUUUUAAGUAAACGUAUACAGAACAUAACUGGAUGUAGAAUCCUUACAAUAGAAUGUAUAAAGACUGAUGUUGCUGGUCAACUAUUUUAGAAAUGUAAAAUCUAUGGCUUUGACUGUUAAAACAAUAAUAAUCAAUGCAGCCUGAUCUGACGCACUGCUCUUACUUUCAGACUUGAAUAUCUGCCUCCGAUUGAGGCUGUAACACCAAUAGGUAACCAAACAAUAGAUUAGAUAAAAUGUGAUCUUUCUGUGAAUUGGCAUGUUGCGGUUAAUUCCGAGUGAUAAUAACAUGCCAAACAAGCCGGUCUUUGCAUCCUUUUGAGCACACACGCACACACACACACAUAUAUAUAUAUAUAUGUGUGUGUGUGUGUGUGUGCUCUUUGUAAUACGUUACAGUGUUACAUAGAUGAUGUCACUUACCAAAUGACACAAUUGGUAUUUUGUUUCUUUCAAUCCUGGCUAUAUCUUAGCCACUUUUGUACCUUACCGUUCAGCCCCUUAUAUAGCCGGAUAUGCACCAAGGCAGUGCUCUGGGAUUCAAACACACCACCCUCUGGCCACGAAUAAGCCCCUUAGCUAUAAUUUCCAAAAUGAAUGGAAGAGACAUUGUCUGCUCUUGCCAGUGAAGACGGUGCUCGCUGGUUGUCAGAAAGCAGGUAGUUUGAGUGAAAGCAGAAAGAAAAAGACGCAAGCCACAAUGGCAUUAUGGUUCCUUAGAGGGAACUGGUGUUUACAGCCUUACUUGGCUCUAACUCUGCUCACCCAAGACUGUUUUUGCAAUCAACAUUCCACUUGGGUCAGCGCUCCUAGCUCCCAUAACGUCCAUUCAGAUCCGUUUCGCACAGUGAUAUUUACACCAAAUCAGCUGAUUUAUAUUUAUCCAGUCAGAUCUCGUGUUACUUUAAACGUUAGUGUUCUGCAUCGGAAAAAAAGAAAUGUGUUAUGAGCAUGAGGCUGUUUUGUGCUGCGUGUAUCUUGGUACUCGGCUGUACCAAUAUGAAGUUGUAAGAAAGUGCACUGAGCAAAAAACGCUUACAAAGGGAAAAGUGGACAGUGGUACCAGCCUUGGAACUGCACAGCUGUUGGCGAUUGCUGUUCGUCAAGCCAUUGUAGGUGUUUGUAGUGUGCAAGUCCUUGUAUGUUGAACUGUACGUGUGUUUUGAAAUUCCCUGUAGAUGUCCUCUUAUUCAAGAACACGCCCAGGACUUAAUAUGGCUUUUCUAGAUUCUUCCAUCAUUGUGCAUUUUGUUAUGAACCCAACACUCCACUGGUGUUAUUUCAAAUCUAGGAGUUUCAUCCCCCCAACAUAAAACUCCGCAUUCCAACCUGCCAGUGCUACUUCCUUGUCACCAGCAUGGGUCACCAUUAUAGUGACAAGAGAAAUGUGUGAAUAUAUUUUGGUCUUUUACCACUACAAUGUUACUGUUUUCAUGCUUUCUGGAAUAUAUAUAAUAUCUGUUACAAACCUGGCAGCUUUGAAAAUAUUUUAGUGAUGAUGGCAAAUUUGCCUGUUGGUCCCUUGUAAUGUUAUUAUGAAUUGUUGAUGCUGCAGUGUAUGUAAAAAUCGCAGGUCUUUGCACAAUGUGCUUCUGUUUUGUUAUUGUAUUACCCAAAGUAAAUAAUAGUGUACCUUCCAUCAGCAUAUUUAUAUAGUAUCAUGAAUUAUAUUUUAUUCACAAAAUGCAUAUUCCAUUUGCACUACUGUAACUGUUUUGUGAAUUUUGAGGAAUUUUGUAUAAAUUAGACUUUUUGUAAGAAGUUCACAAAAUUAUAUUUAAUCACAUUAUGCAUUGCAGAUUCCUCGGUCAUUAAGUCUGUGUUCAUUGAUAGCUCUGUUUCCUCAGGAAAAAAAAAAUGUGUAACUUCUUGAAAUGAUAUUUAAUAUAGUGUAUUUUAUUUUUAUAUCUAUGUAUGUAUUCCCCUUGGGCCACUAAAUCUAGAUAUAUAACUGUCUUUUCCUUCCUCCCCAUAGCAUUUUUGCUAAAAACUGCUGUAGGAGACAGUGUUACACAUGGUCCGCGGCGGUAACACCUGAAAGUUGCUUUAUUUGGGGGCAGCGUUUUCACCUGCGUUGCAGAGAUGCCCGUCACACGCACUGCUGCUUUUCCUGCCCUCUGCCACACCUCCAUUAAAAAAAAGUUGAUCGUUUCAAAUUUUUAGUCUUUCUUUCCAAUUUGGGCUUUUCUAGGGUUCUAAGAGUAUCAUUCAGGCCCCCACUUCAAACGUUAGAGCCGCCCAUCGUAAGUCUGGUACUUUACUGCCAUCUCUAUCGGAUUGCUUUACUCCCCAGUGCUAUGUGCUUAGUCUACAUAAAGCCAGUGGGUAUACACAGUAGGCAGGGCCAACGUACAUGCACGCCAACAUAACAGCCCGAAUGGUGUCGAUGAUGUCAUGCUUCUCUGAGACUUCACAUAGUAAAUUCCAGUCUACUUACCAUAUUUCCUUUGGCUGUUCCUCUCAAGUCAUCACCUGCUACCUAUUCAUUGCUUGAGUCUCUUGUCCAUAGUUGAAUUUGAAAGAAAACAUAAAAAUAUCCAUGUGAUUAUUCACAGAAAUGUACAGAAUUUAUCUCUCUUUUUUUGGGAAUGAGCAAUGUUCCAGAGUGAAUAUUAAAUUUAAUGUGUCUCCAUUCAUUUAUGUGACAAAAUUUCCAACAGGUUUAUCAAACUAUUGGCUCAGCCUUGAUAAUGGAACCAUCACCCAGGCAUGACAGUCCAUCCCUCCAAAUAGUUUUAAAAGUGGAAGGUCCGUUGGGUGUAACUGUUAAUACACUGAGAUCAUCCAUUGUGUGAAUUAACUCAAAUAAAGUGGAUGACUGAUCAUU